UUGUUGUUUGAGGUUAUGUUUCGCUUCUCUGCAAAGUUUUUCGCUUAAAAUUGUUCUAAACCGCUUUAAUUUUGGUCGUUUUUGCUAUGUUCGGAUUUAUUUUACGUUCUUCCAGGUGUGCAGUAUGACAGACAAUUCCCCUCAAAGUUCUUUAGCCAGCAGCAAAGCCGGUAUCCCGUCUAACGAAGAGCUUAUAGAUGAUUUAACCAAAGAUUUAGAAGAGUCAUGCUCAGUGGACAAGAAACCCUCCGACUCUAGCACAAAUAAUUUUAAUAAGUUUUCCGAAGAUCCCAACUUCGAGGAAAAAGAUUUUGCGAUUAGUGAUGAUGAGGAUGAAAGUGAAGAUGCCAAGGAGGAUGCGGAUAAGGAGACAGAAGAUCCAGAAGACUUCAUCGAUGAAGAGGCCUUGAAGCAGACAGAGUCAACGUAUUCUGAGGAGGAAAAGGAGCAAGCCAAAAAAGAAGCCAACCGCCUUAAAGAUGAGGGAAACGAGAAAUUCAAAAACAUGGAGUUCAAAGAAUCUGCUCUUGCCUACACAGCAGGGUUAAGGACAUGCCCUCUAUGCUUCACCAAAGAUCGAGCCAUUCUAUAUGCCAAUAGAGCUGCCGCCAAAAUCCAAUUGGAUUUGAAAUCAGCAGCGAUAAAAGACUGCUCUAAAUCCAUUGAAUUGGAACCAACGUACAUAAAACCAUACAUUCGGAGAGCUAAACUUUAUGAGCAGACGGACAAGCUGGAUGAAGCUCUAGCAGAUCAUAAGAAAAUUAUUGAAUUGGACCCUAGACAAAGAGAAUCAUACCAGGCUAUUCCUAGACUCCAAGACGAAAUCAAUGUGAGGAAUGAAAAACUAAAAACAGAAAUGUUAGGUAAGUUAAAAGACCUGGGCAAUAUGAUUUUACGACCAUUUGGAUUAUCAACCAAUAAUUUCCAAGUCCAGCAGGAUCCAAACACAGGCGGAUAUUCAGUCAACUUCAAACAGUGAUUUCACCCAGCAACGGUUCGUAUCCUGAAGGUGCGUUUUUCUGGAGAGAUCUCUCCUCUUCAAUCAGGUCCUAAGUAUUAAGUGAUCUUGAUAUUAGGCAAUAAUUUUUAUGCUGCUCAUUAAAGUUGCACCCUCAACGUAAUGUAUCAAUGACACUGCGAUGUUUUCGUAAAAUUUCAAAGGUCAUCAUUUCUAACGGCUAGGUCUAUUCUGUUUUUUAUUUUAUACUAAUCCCAGAAAUUUAUGGGAAAAUGCUAUGAUGCCUCAUUUUCCCUUCGAUUAAACUACUAUCAAGUCAAUUUAUUGGCGGAAUCAUUUUUUGAAAGUGCUUCUCUUUCAAUUUUCUCGAAUAAAUUAUGCUUAAAAUGAUAAAUGGACAGGUUUAGAGUGCAGUGUUUUGAAAUCUCAUCUCCUAUUAUAAUACUUUUGAAGGAAGUCAACCGACAUUUUUGCUUGAAAUUUUGUGGAGCUAACCUGCAUACAAACAAGAAAAAUCGCAAUAAUUUGCAAGUAAGAAUAUCGGUCGGUUUCCUUUCAGAAGAUUAAAAUAGGAGAUGAGAUUUUAAAAUACCAAAAUGUAUGUGUGACUGAUCCUCUACAACUCUAUCCAAUUGAUAAAGUUUUUUUUUAUGUUCAAGGGAUAGAGAAGAACAGAUCAGAUUCUUUGAGAGUGGUAUUUUGAUGUUUUGAAAGUUCAGGAUGGUAAGGAAAAAACUCAAGUCCUCAAAGUAAAAAUACUACCUAUUUGAGGAUAACUGAAAAGUAAUCUUUAAUAUUCAGUUUUUCUUUAUUCAAUUUCCAAUACCCCAAAAAAUUUGUUUUUCUUAUGUUAAUUUUUGAUUUUUACCAGAUGUGAUUUUCAAGUUUCCUUUGUUUUAAAGGUAAUUGUGUAUAUCAGUCCUUUCUAUUUAUCAACGUGUGGUUGAUGAUAGUAACUUUUGUAAAUAAAUGGUAUUGAAAAUGUU